CAGGUCCGCCAUUUUUUUCAUUUAAAGGGAAAAAUUAGAGCAAGCGUGUAAAGGGCUUUCGUACUUAUGAGUAUUUCCUGAUUGGUUAGUUGUUGGUGGUGAGGUUGGGUUUUGCUCUACGCUAGGAUGUUGCUGUAACGUUGCACAGGUGCCGUUGCGUUCUUUUGGAGGAGGAGUUGGUCUAUGACAACUGGCGAAGACGUCAGGAGGAAUCCAUACAUUGACAAUCUGUUUAUGUUGUAAUGCAGAGCAGACUGAUUUCUUUCAUACAUUUAGUGAAACGCUGAAGCACUUUCUGGCCCCGUUGCGGGCGACGAAAACGCCCAUAGGCUCCUGUGUGUAACUUUGCAGGUCGAACUGAAAAGAUUUUUGUCCUGGGGCCCCUUUUCCUUUCUGCUACCUGGAAAUACUGCAAAAAGACAUCAGGGAAAGGGUCAUCAGAAGAUGUCCACAAUGGUUUACCCAAGAGAAGAGAAACUUGAGAAACUGACCCAGGAAGAAAUCAUUUCCAACACAAAGCUAGUGAUUCAGGGCUUGGAGGCCCUCAAGAAUGAACACAACUCCAUCCUUCACAGCCUGUUGGAGACCAUAAAGUGCCUGAAUAAGGAUGAGGAGGCCAACUUGGUUCAUGAAAAGUCCAACUUACUUCGAAAAUCUGUUGAAAUGAUUGAGCUUGGACUUGGGGAGGCUCAGGUAAUGAUGGCACUUUCCAAUCACCUUAAUGCAGUAGAAUCUGAGAAACAGAAGCUGCGGGCACAAGUGAGACGGCUUUGCCAAGAGAACCAGUGGCUGCGUGAUGAGUUGGCCAACACUCAACAGAAGCUGCAGCGUAGUGAACAGACUGUGGCUCAGCUGGAGGAAGAGAAAAAACACUUGGAGUUCAUGAAUCAGCUAAAGAAAUAUGAUGAUGAUAUCUCACCUUCGGAAGAAAAAGACAGAGAACCACCUAAAGAUUCCCUUGAUGACCUUUUUCCAAAUGACGAUGAAGAUCAGGGACCUGGAAUGCAAAACCCGCACAGCAGUGCAGCAGCUGCAGCCCAGCAGGGUGGAUACGAGAUUCCUGCUCGUUUGCGUACUCUUCAUAAUCUAGUCAUUCAGUAUGCAUCUCAGGGUCGCUAUGAAGUUGCGGUGCCACUCUGCAAACAAGCUUUGGAGGACCUGGAAAAGACAUCUGGACAUGAUCACCCUGAUGUAGCCACCAUGCUUAAUAUACUGGCACUUGUCUAUAGGGAUCAGAAUAAAUACAAAGAGGCAGCACACUUACUCAAUGAUGCCUUGUCAAUUCGAGAAAAGACUUUGGGCAAGGACCACCCUGCUGUAGCAGCAACACUAAACAACCUUGCUGUGCUUUAUGGCAAGAGAGGAAAGUACAAGGAGGCAGAACCAUUGUGUAAGAGAGCACUGGAGAUUAGAGAAAAGGUUUUAGGCAAAGACCAUCCAGAUGUUGCAAAGCAGUUGAAUAACUUGGCCCUGCUUUGUCAGAAUCAAGGCAAAUAUGAGGAGGUAGAAUAUUACUAUCGACGUGCUCUUGAAAUUUAUGAAUCACGACUUGGACCAGAUGACGCCAAUGUUGCCAAGACUAAAAAUAACUUGGCUUCCUGUUACCUUAAACAAGGGAAGUACAAAGAAGCUGAGUCACUAUACAAGGAAAUCCUGACUCGAGCACACCUCAAGGAAUUUGGCUCUGUGGAUGCGGACAACAAACCUAUCUGGAUGCAUGCAGAAGAGAGGGAAGAGAUGAGCAAGGGUAAGCUGAAGGACAUCGCUCCAUAUGCAGAGUAUGGUGGGUGGUACAAGGCAUGCAAAGUUAACAGUCCAACAGUAAAUACCACCUUGAAGAACCUUGGAGCACUGUACAGACGUCAAGGCAAACUGGAGGCAGCUGAGACCCUAGAGGAAUGUGCAAUGAGGUCCAGAAAACAGAGCGUGACUGGCCUUGAUCCUAUCAAUCAGACAAGAGUUGUUGAGAUUCUGAAGGAUGGCGAGACUAUUGAACGCCGACGGAGCCGAGAUAGCUUUGGGAGUGGAAGUGUAAAAUAUGAAAGUGGUACAGAAGGAGGAGAGGAAGUGAGUAUGAACGUGGACUGGAAUGGGGAUGGAAGUGGAGUACUGAGACGCACUGGUUCACUUGGUAAAAUCCGUGAUGCACUUAGGAAGAGCAGUGAAAUGCUUGUCAAAAAAUUACAGGGGAAUGCACCACCAGAUCAGCGAAACACCAACAUGAAACGUGCAUCUUCAUUGAAUCAUCUGAAUAGAACAGGAGAGGACUCAUUUCGGGGACCCAGAGGCAACCUUUCUGAAGGCAGAGUUCUUAGUGCAAGCACUGUAGACCUUCCCAGCACAGUCUCUCUCCUUUCAUCCAACUAACAGCCAGUGCCUGCUGUUCCACAGAAUCUACUCCAGCACUACAGUUUGAUUUUCUGAGCUGAUUUUAUUGGACUUCUUGUAGCUGACCUCAUUCAGGAUCUUUCAGUAUACCCUCAAAACCCAAAGCUGUGCUCCAGUUGCCUUGUUUGAAAACUUCCACAGAUUCAAGUGCACUUCAGCAUACAUUUAUUCUUUCUAAUCUAAGUCUGCGUUGUGCUGUUUUUCUGACAGGAAUUUUGCUAAAUGUCUGAGUGAUUUGCUGUUUACAUUGAACUUGGUUUUCAGUAAAUGAUUCUGAAAGAUGAUAUUCCGUGAACAAGAAAUUCUGAACUGACACAACUUCACAUGUAACUACAUCUUAUUAUUUUUUAUUUUAUUUUUUUUUUUGGAUUUUAUUCUCUGGUUGUGCAGGAGUUUGAUUUUUAUGAUGGCUUCAUUGUCAAACUGCUUGCGUUUGAAUAUGCAUGCAGGGAUACCAAAUGACUGCUUGUUGGCAGAAUGUGCUGCCUUUGCAGUGAUCUGCUUUUUGACUUUUGUAUAUAAAGCACUUUUUGUUCAUGGUAGAUCAUGCAUUUUCUUGGGAGUACAGGUUAAUACUGUUUUUAAAAUAACUUAUUUAGGAGGCUAAGAACUGCCGUGGGCAUUAUGAACCAGUAGUGUGACCACAGUAGAGUGAUGAAGUAGCAGCAUGUUGGGCUGUGGGGUAGAAUAUAUAGUGAUGGUAAUUUUUAUUUAAAAAAGAUUAUGUAACAGAACAGAACAAGAGUACAUCUUCAGGGCUGGAUGGCUGUGUGUUUUGUGCCCUGUAAUACCCACAGUUUAUCUCAGGUAAGAACCUAAUCCUGUAAUGUUCCCUGAAUUGUGUAUUGUGAAAGAUAAGCCAUAGGACACUUAAUGUAAUUUUGUGAAGAAUCUUUAUUAAAACUAGAGAUGAAGGGGCUGGGUACAAGCUUAAGUAUAGAAAAAAAAAGGAACAGGACUCAAAAGCGUAACUAUUACUUUACCUUACCUUCCUUGGCUCUUUUUUUAUUUGUCUCCUAAUGUAAAAGUUGUGUUAUAGAUGAUGAGUCAGUCAUUCUUAGCAGGAAGAUAUGGAAGUAUUUUCAGCUAUAGGUAGCACCAGCCACAAUGUUUCAUCAUCUGGUUUGCUAAAACAGUUGGUUCUCAGCAAUAAAAUAUGUGGUCAGUUUGAUACAAUUUAUUACAGCCUAAUUGUUGUAGCUUUGUUCAUCUGCAGGUAUAUUGAUCCACUGGACAAUGGAUUAUCAUCUUUUCUUUGCCCAUGUUUUAUAGUCUUAUCUUUGUGGGAACUUUUUCACAACUGUACCUUUGCAAACGUUGCUUUCCUGAAGAUUCUUGAAGUCUACAGUUAAGACUUGCAUAGAAAGAACAUUGUGCAAUUCCAUCUUUCCACACAGAUCUUCCCCUACUUACAGCCUUAUAUUAUUCACAGAUCUCCAGCACUUCUGAUCUUUCACUGAUGGUCAGGUUAUUGAUGUGAAGUGGAGUUCCUAAAUCCUAAAGAUCAUUUUGUUUUACUGACAGAAUGUUAUGUCCUGUCAGAGAAGUUUUUGAUGCUGUGACUAGUACAGCGUAUCAUUACUGAUAAAGGACCGACUUUCCAUCAAUGGUGUAGCUUCUAAAUUAUUGUAGGUCACACUGUUAGUUGUUGAAAGUGUCUCACCAAUUUUCUUGGUAAUAGAAUUGUCUUGGGUGACAAGCUGUACAUCAGUAAGUUCAUUGUAGGUUUCAUAUUUGUUAUUUUAUGCCUUUCUCUGGCUUAUAGGGUAGUGUUUCAAGUGUAUAACAGCUGCCAGUAAUAGUAGAAGAUAAUACAUGUUAAUCAAGAAGCAUUUUUGUUGAAAAGCUUCCCAACCUAUGGCUUCGACAUCUUUAGCUCAUAGUAUGAAACCGCUGCAUUUUCCGGAGAGGUUUAGUAUCAAUGACAGGAAGUGAUGAUGAACAUUUUUUUUCCUGAUGAAGACUUCAUAGAUAUUGACAGUCUUCACAUUCUAUGGCUUCAGUAAUAGUCUCUUGUCGAACAUUGAUAUUAAUACUUUGUCAGCUAUAUACUGGACUUUCCUGAAAACAGGCUAUGCCUAGUGAGACUAACCAGUCAACUAAAAGUAAAUGAUGAUAAAAUUUGGUCCAUUCACAGUAUUUUUCCUGUUGACUUCCUCUAGCUUUACUUAUCUUAGGGGCUAUCUUCAUUAAUUAUGGUACUUCAGAUUGCUAAUGUACACGAGUUCUGCAAAAGCAGCAUCACAUUCGUAUGUAAAUAUUUUCCUAUAGGAAAUGAGUUUAAAAGUAAGUAGAGGCUUUAGGAGUGCCCAAGGGUACACAACCAUUUAGAAUUCAGCAGAACUUGUAAUUCAUGCUGUACUUUUGAACUUAAAUUUUGUUCCCCAAUUAUUACUACCUACUUUUGUGGUCCUGAAAAAAACGCAUGACUACAGAUCUCAUCUUUUAAAGUUUUCCAGUUGCUUCUUUGAGGUGCAGUUGCAUUAUGCUUUUAUUUAUGUUACUAAGUGCAAUUUAUCUUUCAGUUUUUAUGGAUCUUGUUAGAAACCAAUAUUUAAUUUAUUAUUUAGUUAUUUAUGUAGUUGUUUAUAAAAGUUAACCAGGUUAGAACACCGAUCUCCCGACUUUAUACAUUAGUUUGGUACAUUAACUGGAAAAAUUCCAUUUCCAUGUGUUAAUUGCAGCUUAGUUGGAACCAUCACUGAUUUUUUUUCAUUGAAUCAGAGAUUUAAUUUAUUGCACGUAGAGAGCUUCCAAAAAGACAAACUUGACAGCAGAUGGAUUCAUUUGAGUUUUCUUUACUUUUGUAAUGCAUUUUAGUGAUAAUAACCAAGAAGAAUCGACACAACAGCAGCAAAAAAAAAUCAUCUGAACAUGUUUAACUAACUACUGUUUACAGUCUAUGUAUGCUUAAAUGGGUCAUUGUUAAGUACCAUUAUGUGGUACUUAUCCUACAGUCUCAGCUUGUUCUUUUACAUGAGUAAACUGGUUAUAUAGUAGAAUCUUGGUAGCUUCUUCAAGUUGGGAUUUCAUGUCCAGAAUUGUAAAAAUUGGCUUUUUUACAGGUUCUUUCUCUUGUAGUCCAGAAAGUCCUUCAGUUUGACUUGAUAUAUUUAUUUUCUAUUUAGUCAGCGUAAACUUCUUGACUGUACAGGACAGAUUCAACAUUAUUACCUCAAGAGCUUUCAGUAGACAAUUAUAAUUGUCUUGUUUCAAUACAAGUAGUCUUUUCAGCCUAAGUGGACCAUACCAAUGUCCAUCUCAUUGGUGCACAAAACAGCUUAGGUUUUAGUGCUCAUUAGUUAUUUUGACAAUAAAUUCUCAUAUGGAAGAUAUCUGUGGACAUUACCAAGUAAUGUGUACUAUAUCAACUGAUGUGUAACAGCAGACCUUACAUAUGAGCAUUCCAGUAAUCUAUAUAUUUUUACUUUGCUGAUCACCAAUGACCCUCAACUUAGUAGUCUUUGUUAGCCAGGGAACUGAAGUUUUGUAGAUAUUGGACAGACAUUGCCUACAGUGGUGAAUACUUGGCUCUUUCCCCACAAGACAUUUAGCAAGUAUAAAUUAAUCUGUAUAUAUGCAAGGGUCUGGCAGGCUUCCCUUCGUUUAUGUAUUUGAUGCAUGUGUUAGUAUGCAGAUGGUAUAUCUGCUAGAGCUUAUCUUCCUUAUAUAUAGUUUAGUCACCUUGCCUGAUGUGGUAGUAAUUUGGUUUCUAUUUGUUGUGGUAUCCCCACAUAUUUCAUUCAAGCUUCAUGUUUUUUUUUUCUUGGGACUUAAUAAAUCUCUUGGUCUGAAAGAAGUCUGACAAUGAUAUAGCUGUCUUCAUUCCUCUUACCUGAGCAGUAGCCGCAGAAUUCCUAUUUCUUCUCUGAGAAGCCAGUUUCAGAGACUAAGUCAUAUCUUCUGACUCACAUCCUAGACCUCUUGUCUAUGAGUUCAGGUGAGACUAGCACAGCCUGUCUUGUAUUAACUAAAAGACAUUUCCAACUGAGAUGAUGGCAUCUGUGACAGUAUCCCACCUCUUAUUGUCUCUGGGGAUAAUGAUGCUGAAAAUCGAACCUGUUUAUGUUAAAGGAAUAGUAAUUGUUCCGUGUUUGUUAAUGUUUAUCUGUGUAUUGAAUCUUUGCAAUACUUCAUCCUUAAGUGAAGAUAAGAAAGCUAAAAAUGGAUAGCUUGUUCUUAGUGAAACUACAGUUUUACACUACUCCUGAAGGUAAAUGAGUGCAUUGCUUCACAUUCUUCUGGCAAGGCUGUUAUGGACUGCUUACAUCUAAAUGUGGUUGAGAAAGACAUUCGCAGAGCUGAUUUAUAAGUGCCAGGACCAAUUAAACUAGUAAAGAGGAAUAGAGAAGGAGGAAACAUGUGGUACAGGAAAGCAGGCUAACAAAAGGGAAAUAUGGUGACUGGAGUGUGAUGCUUUGCCAGGUAAGAAGCCCAGGUUAAAAUGUUUAAUCCUUUGAUAUCUACCGACAACUGUAGUUAUUGCAGGCAUAACAAAAACAUUGGCCGCAAUAGUAGGAAACUGGGAUGUGGUGAUAAAUGGAUUCAGAAUGUCCUGAGUGGAUCGUGGAAGCAAAUGUGGUAGUGGGGUAGCAGUAUAGAUUCAAGAUGGUAUAAAAGACACCAUGAAAGAGAUUAGUAAUGUUGAUAAAAAGAAAGAAGGGAAAACUGACAUGUUGCCUUUGAGGCUGCAGAGGGAAAUAGCGAGUGGUCCUUUAUGAAUAGAGUGGUAUUCAGGACACUUGAUGUAAAAAGGAAUAGUGGUGAUAAGCUCAAAAGCAAAAUUCUGUUAUUUACCAUCCAAGGAACAAUAGCGGAAUAUGCCUCAGGAGCAGAAAUCAAGCAUUAUUUGAAGGUAGGCUUCAGUUAGUUGGGAAAUACAAUGGUAAAUAAUGCAUAAUGGUGGCAGAAAGUGAGAACAGUUGGCUGCAUUGAGGUAGGAGUGAGAAAGGGAAUGAAUCUGUGUGUUCAGGAAAAAGAAGACUGGGGAAGAAAAUAUAAGACCUCACAACAGACUGUACUGUCUGCACCCUCGACCCAUAAAAUGUGCAUAGUUCGCCUUUUCCACAGUUGUGCAUUCUCGUCUCUUGAAUAUAAUCCCCGUAGUCUCUUCUUACUGGGAACAACAUUUCACUUAUUGUAUUGUCACUUCUUAGAGUAAUUUUUGACUUCACCUUGUUAUGGUAAGAUAAAUAUUUCUUUAUUUGAUAUUUGAAAUGCUGAUUACAUUAAGUUUAGAAUUAUUGCAGUCUGAGUAUUUGUUUUAGCAUCUAGAAAUUCAAGAUCUCUGUAUUUCUGUGCAUGCACCCUCUUCAGCAUUAAUUACAAAAGUUUUAUUCUUUCUGUUCUGAUAAAAUGACCAUAAAGUCCUUUUUUCUGCUUAUUUCAUUUUCAACAGUUCCAAUGUGGUUUCUGCUUUUCACCUCUUCUUGCUAGAGCUUUCCAGUACCCAUUUCUUUGUGCUGGUGUUGUACAUGCUACCAUACUUACACUACUUCUACAGAGAGUUUUUUUUUUCAUAGAAUGACCAUCUUUUCUCUGAAUAAAUGCUAUCUUGUGUUAUUCCUUUCUUCCGCCUCUUUCAGCCACAUACCACGUCUUCUAAUUGAAUAUCCUGUUUUGUUCUCUUCUAUCCCAUUCCUGAUAUGACUUUUGCUCUGCGGCUGUACAGUCUUUUCUCUCAUUUCAAAUACUUUUGUCUGAUUUCUGCUCCUAUGUAUAUGUGGCUUCCAGAAAUGGACUUUGAGAACUUACUAUAUCUAAUCAGGAAAUUACUGUUUCUUGUUUUCAUCUCCUUAAUUAUUUUUUGCAAUUAGUAUAGCAUACAUGUCUGCUAAAACAUGAGUAAAGUAUAAUCAGACCUUUCUUUAUGCACUUACCAGCAUAAUGACUUUUCCAUAUUCUUCACCCUGAAUGGUAGACUGGUGUACUGUGAAUUCCAGAAUGUCCUUUACUAGUCUAUAGUCUUUAUAAUGGGUAGCAUUGUGGCUGAUUGAUUAAGGUCUCUGCCAUAUUGCACUAGGAUAUGGUUACUUAGUUAAUGACUGCAUGUAGUUGUGUUUUCCCCAAGUUUGCUUCUGAAACAUAAUGGCUGAUGGGCUUCUCUCUCUCUUAUAAUAUGUGUGUGAAUGUAACAGUAAUUUCCGUUCUAUGUGGUCCCUGUUCUUUUGUACCGUUGGCUGCUGGUUUUUGCUUGGUGAUGUGUGUGUCCUGUACACACGCUUUGGCACACUGAUCUUUGUUUAGUUACUUGUUUAUCUGAUUGUUCUUUUUCUUUCUGUGUGCAAUGGUUAUAAUCUACCUUAAAUAUUAGCGUGCCUGUGCUGUUUCUCACCGAGGUUUAAAACUGAUGUGAAAGGCUCCCACCGGCGAUCCUGUAUUGUUGCUUAUCUUUCUGCCUGAGAUUAAGCUGUAUUAGUACAAGAAUUCUUCUGUUUGUUUGUGUUUGGCAGGUGAAUUAUCCAAUUAUUUCUUGAUUCAAAUCUAAUGAUUGAAGAACCGCUUUCAGCAUGCAGUCUUUUAUUCAUCGCAACCUACACACUGUUGUAAUACUGUAUUGAUGAGUAUAAAGUGUCUUGACCUGAGGAAAUAUUGUAUAACAUCCUCCUUUUAAUAGCAUUUAAUGUAUUCAAGUCCUUAACUGAGUUUGGUUUCAUACCUCUAAAUCUUUAAGCAUUUUAUGCUGUACUGUUAUAUACAUUUGUUAUAUUGCUGGUUGUACAAUUUUGUUAUGCUGCUGCCAUCUGUUACAGUUAUUCUACAGAUAUUUUAAUGUAUACUGCUUUUCACUGUAGCUCAAACUAUACAGUCAAUAGAGAAAAGUAAUCUCAUUUGUGUUUCUCCUAUUCAGCUUGCUAUUCAUCUGUUCACCUCCCCAGGGAUCUCCCACUGUGCUUCUUCUUACCUGCACCUCGUCCCUGUUCGAAACGGGAAUUUUUGAAGUGCUCUGCUUCCAUACAGGUUUUUUCCCUCAAGAACAUUUGUGUACAUGAACUCACUGUUCUGCAUAUUGUACAUUUUACUCUCAUUACAAUUUUCAGUACUAGUACAGUACCCCAUUUUGCGCUUGCUAGCAGCCUGCUGCAGAUUAUAGUCCCC